GCAGCACAAUCCACCGCAGUCCUCAUAUCUCACAGCUACAGCUCAAAGCGCCCUCAACCACGCCUCUAACCCAGACAGCCUCCCAGGCAAAAUGUGUAACUCCAACGUCAAGUCGUCCGGCGUCGCUCAGAUCGACGGCCGCCCGGUCCUGCAGCCGGCCGGCAACCGCGUCGCGGCGCCGGAAGGUGCCAAGCCGCUCAAGAAGUCCCUCCAGAAGUCGCUCUCGAUGCCUGCUUCGUAUGACAAUGCCGCCGCCGCCGCCACCUGCACGGCAGCGCCCAAGAGCACCGGCGCCAGCGACUUGGCCCGCGCGGCGGCCGCGACGCCUUGCCUCCUGCCGCCGACCCCGGCGAAGGCAGCGGGAGCCAAGUUGGCGGGCGCCAGGGCGGCGGCGGCCAUGGGCGCGGAAAAGAACCGGAAGCAGGCGGCCAAGAAGAGCGGCGCCGUGCUGCCGGUGGUGACGUUCGCGGCGCUGGAGGCGUUCGAGCUCGCCGGCCCCGCCGGGAGCAUCGCGGCGGCGCAGCGGGAGCACGUCACGCAGGCGCAGGCGCAGCGCAAGAUGCGGAUCGCGCACUACGGCCGCACCGCGUCCUUCUCCCGCGUCGAGGGCAAGGUCGGGGCCACCGCCACCGCCACCGCCACCGCCACCGCCACCGCCACCGCCGCAAUGGAGGAGAAGCGGUGCAGCUUCAUCACGGCCUACUCGGACCCCGUGUAUGUCGUCUACCACGACGAGGAGUGGGGACUGCCCGUGCACGAGGACGAGUUGCUGUUCGAGAUGCUGACGCUGUCCGGCGUGCAGGUCGGGGCCGACUGGGCUUCGAUCCUCAGGAGGAGGCACAUCUACAGGGAGGCAUUCUCCGGUUUCGACGUGGACGCGGUCGCCAAGUACACCGAGAAGCAGAUGGCGUCGUUGAGCGCCGGGUAUGGGCUGGAUUUGGGCACCAUCAGAGGCGCCGUCAACAACGCCUGCCGCAUUCUCGAGGUGAGGAGGGACUUCGGGUCGUUCGGGAAGUACGUGUGGGGGUUCGUGAACCACAAGCCGCUGUCGCCGGGGUACAAAUACAGCCGGAAGAUCCCGGUGAAGACGUCCAAGUCGGAGUCCAUCAGCAAGGACAUGGUCCGGCGAGGCUUCCGGUUCGUCGGCCCAACCGUGCUCCACUCCUUCAUGCAGGCCGUCGGGCUCACCAACGACCACCUCGUCUCCUGCCCUCGCCACCGCGUCUGCUCCUCCUCCGCCUCCGCCUAAUCCAUCCAUCCAUCCAUCUGACGGCCGGCCACAAAAAGAGAAAAAAGAAGAUGUCCAAGAGACAGACGAUACGUACGAGAUAGCCUCAGCCAUCGACUCAAGUACGUAACGUACGUGGUAGUUAUACGAGACGUGUGUGUAUGUGUGUGUGCUCGGUCGGUGCGCGUAGAUUAACUGCGUGCCGCCCCUAAUUAGCUUGCUUGGUAAUCACUGCCGGUUCAUUUGGUACGUGCGUGCAUGUAAUCGGGUGCUGCCACUGCUUGGUGUAUAGUCAUUUUGUGUGAUUGAUCGGAUC